GGCCCAAAGUGGGUUGUUUUUUCUCAAAAUUUCUAGAACUCUCGCAUCCACUUCUCUCUCUUCAUUCUCUUUCUCCCUUCUCUAUAAAGUCCACGGCACAAAGCCAUGGCGAAAAAUAUUUCCCUUUGGGGAUUCUGAGAGAAGUUAUGGUCUUGGGCUUGUGUGUUUUUACUCAAACCAUACUAUUCCUCUUGGCUGUUUACAUCCAUGGAAGCAGAUAGGCAGAAGCUCUGUGACAAUCUUGUUAGUUCUAAAUUUUUUCUUUCUGGGUUCUAUUGCUGGGGCUGGGAAUUCUUGACUGCUCUCUUGCUCUUUAGUUGCUCCGCCUAAUCAAAUCCAAUCUCCCAAAUAAUCUUUCUUUCUUCCCUUUUCUUUACUCUGCAUAGGCAUAUAAAUUUUUCUUUUUACUCUUCUGGUUUAGCUAUUUGUUUCUGUUUUUGGGUGGGUUGGUGAGGGGUAAAUCGGGAACAAAUGGCGCAGCGGUCAGUUCCGGCGCCUUUUUUGACGAAAACUUAUCAGUUGGUUGAUGAUCCGAGCACUGAUGAUGUGAUUUCCUGGAAUGAAACUGGAAACACUUUUGUAGUCUGGAAAACUGCAGAUUUUGCUAAGGAUUUGCUUCCUAAUUGCUUCAAGCACAACAACUUCUCUAGCUUUGUUCGCCAACUGAAUACCUAUGGCUUUCGAAAGAUCGUGCCCGACAAAUGGGAAUUCGCCAACGAGAAUUUUCGUCGAGGGCACAAGGAGCUCCUCGCUGAAAUCCGUCGCCGGAAAACGGUAACUCCCACUCCCACUCCAACACAGACUCCGGCUGCUUGUAAGUCCGGAGGAGGAGGAUUAGCCACCUCGCCUUCAAACUCUGGCGAGGAUCUAGGGUCCACUUCCACGUCCUCUCCGGAUUCAAAGAAUCCAGGAUCAGUGGAGACUGCAGCGACGAUGACAACGCAAUUUGCGGAGUUAUCAGGAGAAAACGAGAAACUGAAAAAGGAUAAUGAGUUGCUAAGCUCGGAGCUAGCGCAAGCUAAGAAACAGUGCGACGAGUUGAUUGCUUUCUUGACCGAGUAUGUGAAGGUGGGGCCUGAUCAGAUCAAUCGCAUCAUGCGGCAAGGAAGCUACUGCGGAUCCACACUUGAUGGAAUAAUGAGUGCGGCCGCUGGUGUUGAUGAUCACGAUGUUGACGCAGGAAAUGUGGAAAACGAUGACGGUGAGGAUUGUGGUGGAACCAGCGAGAGUUUCAAAUUGUUUGGGGUUUUGCUAAAAGGAAAUACCAAAAAGCGGGGUCGCGGUGAGAAUCUCGGAUUCGCCGGGCCCCAUGCAAAGGAAAUCAAGAUCUGCAACUGAAAAACUAGGAAGGGCGUGCAACGACGCAUGAUAAGCUUCAUGCGGUUGCAUACACCUGAUCUGAAAGUAGAAAGAAAAAUAAAAAGAAGUCUGUAAUGGUUUGUCUGCAUCUGUAAUUCAGAAUUCAGUAGUUUGUGUUAGGGAAAUAAUAAAGAAUGCAAAACUUAGCGUGUUGUGGGUGUGGUCAGGGGUGAAGAUCAAAGGCAAAUUAGGUCAUUAUCCCCCUUUUCUUCUUCUUCAAGUAUAACAUAACUUUUAUUUUCUUAUAGUGUAAAAGUUUCAAUUUAGAGAUAUUUUGGUCAA